CCAAUCGCGCGGCCCCGGCCGCUGCCAAUCAUCGCCAUCCGUCCAAUCCCUCCGGCGCGGUGUCCGAGCCGUAUUCCCCAGCGCGCCGCCGGAGUGUGGUGAGGGCUCUGCCAAUCGCGGGCGGGCAGAGCGGGGCCGGGGAUGCGCGGGGCUCGGAGCGCAGACAAAAGAAGUUAAAGAGCCGCUUAAUAUAUACAUGUUUUUGAAGGCGGGUAAAGGGAAAAAAAUAACAACAGCGAGCGUAGAUGGGCUUGGCUGUGUCGUUAUGGAGCCCCCUUUGAGCAAGAGGAACCCGACACUGAGAUUAGCGGAUUUGGCAGCGGCUCAGCCCCAUCCUCACCAGAACAUGACAGGCUUCCCGGGGCUGGGGAACCACCACGUCCACCCCCACCACGCGGCCCACCUCCACCCCGGGGACGCGGGCGGCGACCCCGGCGGCGCCCUCACGCCGCUCGGACCCGAGCACAUGGCGCAGCCCGCCGCCCUCAAGCUCACGCCCGAGGCGCUCACCGCCGCCGCCUUCGCCGCCCCGCCGCCACCACUACCGCCGCCGCCGCCGCCGCCACUGCCACCGCCGCCACCACCGCCGCCGCCUGCGCCGCCCUCCGCCGCCCUCCCGGGAUACCCGUCGGGGGAGGCGGCGGGCCGGGACUUUCUCCUGCGGCGGGAGCUGCCCGCCGCCGCCGCCGCCGUGCACGGUGCGCUGGGCGAGCAGCACCCGCCCGCCGGCUCCCCACACCUUCCGCACCCGCCACCGCACGGCGUCUUCAUCUCGGCCGCCGGCACCUACGGCGCGACCGACGGGGCGCACGCCGCCUUCCCGCCGCCCGGCGACCAGGGCGCUCCCGCCGGCCGCCACCCGCCGCUCAACGGGCAGAUGCGUCUGGGGCUGGCGGCCGCCGCCGGGGAGCUCUACGGGCGCGCCGAGGCGCACUACGGGGCCGCCGCCGCCGCCUCCUCCUCCUCGGCGUUGCAAGGCUACGGCUCCGUCAACCUCAACCUGGCGGCGGCCGGCCACGGGCACCCGCACCACCCCCAUCCCCACCACCACCACCACCACCACCACCACCACCAUGCCCACGUCGGGGCCGCGGCGGCGGCGGCGGCGGCGGGGGCCUUCCUGCGAUACAUGCGACAGCCCAUCAAGCAAGAGCUGAUCUGCAAGUGGAUCGACCGGGAGCCGCCUCCUCCACCUCCGCCGCCGCCACCGGGCGGUAGGAAGCCUUGCUCCAAAACUUUCAGUACGAUGCAGGAGCUGGUGAGCCAUGUCACCGUGGAGCACGUCGGUGGGCCCGAGCAGAGCAGCCACGUGUGCUACUGGGAGGAGUGUCCCCGUGAAGGCAAGCCCUUCAAAGCGAAAUACAAACUCAUCAACCACAUCCGAGUACAUACGGGAGAGAAACCUUUCCCUUGUCCCUUCCCCGGCUGCGGGAAGGUCUUCGCUCGUUCCGAAAACCUCAAGAUCCACAAGCGGACUCAUACAGGGGAGAAGCCCUUCAAGUGCGAGUUCGACGGCUGCGAGAGGAAGUUCGCCAACAGCAGCGACCGCAAGAAGCAUUCCCACGUUCACACCUCGGACAAGCCCUACUACUGCAAGAUCCGCGGCUGCGACAAGUCCUACACCCACCCCAGCUCCCUGCGGAAGCACAUGAAGAUCCACUGCAAGUCCCCGCCGCCCUCCCCGCCGCCGGGCUCCCAGGGCUACGCGGCGGCGGGGCCCCCCGACGGCCCGCUGCCCCCCGAGGCCGAGCCGGCCGCCGAGCCGCCCCGCGGCCGCGCCGCCGCGCUCUCCCCGCCGGUCACCAACCUCAGCGAGUGGUACGUCUGCCAGGCCGGGGGCGCUCCCCGCCGGCCCCGCACCCCCUCCAGCCGCGACACCUCCCCGCCAUCCGAAGAAGAUGAGCCCCACAGGACCUCGGGAGGCAGAACUGCUCCCUAGGGCCGUGCCGAGUUGUGCCAAGCUGCCGGUGGCCCCGGCCCCACCGCACUGGCCCGGGCCGCAGAGGCAGCCACCUGGCACGGGGGGCUGCCGUGGAAAGUGCCAUCAGGUUU